AGGGAAAACCCCGCAUAAAGCGAGGAAGGGACGGAUCCGAAUGCGGGGCGCCACGUGCUGCUAGAUCCAUCCAGCAAUGGCGACGCGCCACCGGAAGCCGGCGCCCAGGGCCUCGCAGCAGCACCACCACCUGCAGCAGCCGCAGCCGCAGUCGGGCUCGCCGACGUCCACGGCUACCACCACCUCCUCCUCGCGGCUCACGCCGGAGAUGUCGCUCGAGGGCCCCGCGUCGCCGCGGAUGGACGACGACCAGCCCACCAAGGAGAACGUCACCGUCACCGUCCGCUUCCGCCCGCUCAGCCCGCGGGAGAUUCGGCAGGGGGAGGAGGUGGCCUGGUACGCGGACGGCGACACGGUGGUGCGGAGCGAGCAGAACCCCAACGUCGGCUACGCAUACGAUCGAGUUUUUGCACCAACUACUACAACUCGCCAAGUUUAUGAUGUCGCGGCUCAACAUGUUGUCAGUGGUGCCAUGGAGGGCAUAUUUGGAACAAUAUUUGCAUAUGGUGUAACAAGCAGUGGAAAGACACAUACGAUGCAUGGAGAUCAAAGAUCCCCAGGAAUAAUACCUUUGGCAGUCAAAGAUGCAUUUAGCAUUAUACAAGAGACGCCAGAUCGCGAGUUUCUCCUACGCGUAUCAUACCUGGAAAUUUAUAAUGAGGUUGUCAAUGAUCUACUCAAUCCUGCAGGGCAGAGCUUACGGAUUAGAGAGGAUCCUCAGGGAACGUUUGUUGAGGGUAUCAAAGAAGAAGUAGUAUUGUCUCCUGCACAUGCUCUCUCCCUUAUUGCAGCUGGAGAAGAACAUAGACAUGUUGGUUCCACUAACUUCAAUCUACUAAGUAGCAGAAGUCAUACAAUUUUUACACUGACAAUUGAGAGCAGCUCUUACGGUGAGUCUAAUGAAGGGGAAGCAGUCACCUUCUCACAGCUGCACCUCAUCGAUCUGGCCGGUUCAGAGAGCUCAAGGGCUGAAACAACUGGAGUACGUAGGAAGGAAGGAUCUUAUAUCAAUAAAAGCUUGCUAACUCUUGGAACGGUGAUAUCAAAAUUGACUGAUGGAAAAGCUACACAUAUUCCAUUUCGAGAUUCAAAACUAACACGUCUACUUCAGUCAUCCUUGAGUGGACAAGGGCGUGUUUCACUAAUUUGCACAGUGACUCCAGCAUCAAGUAACUCUGAAGAGACCCACAAUACACUAAAAUUUGCCCACCGUGCAAAGCGCAUUGAGGUCCAAGCAUCACAAAACAAAAUUAUUGAUGAAAAGUCUUUAAUAAAGAAAUACCAGAAUGAGAUUCGCAGAUUAAAGGAAGAGCUGGAACAGCUGAAAAUGGGUAUUAUUUGUGGAACUCCGACAAAAGAUGCUGAAGAAGAUAAUAUCAUCCUUUGGAAACAAAAGCUAGAAGAUGGUAAUGUCAAGCUGCAAUCAAGACUGGAACAAGAGGAGGAAGCUAAAUCUGCUUUGCUCGCAAGGAUACAACGCCUCACAAAACUUAUUCUGGUUUCCACUAAGGCAACCCAGACUUCUAGAUUUUCUCCACAUCCUGGACCAAGAAGAAGACACUCUUUUGGGGAAGAGGAGCUGGCUUACCUCCCGUACAGAAGACGAGAUAUUAUGUUGGAUAAUGAAAGCAACGAAUUACUUACACCUGGUGAAGGAUUUGGUGUGACACUUGAAGACUCUUCGAAGGAGGAGAAAAAGAAUCGGAAAGGGCUUCUUAACUGGUUCAAAAUCAGGAAACGUGAUGGUGGAGCUUCUACUCUGACAAGCUCAGACUGUGACAAGUCCAGUUUGACUAAAUCAACGGCUCCUUCAACACCUAUUGGGGAGAGUAUGAAUUUUCCUGCAGAACCAAGAAUAUCAAAUUCUGUGGUUAAUGACAGUGUAUCAGCUGAUAUGCUGAGCAUUGGCCAUGGGGAAUUUACUGCUGAUGAUCUUCCUGGAGAAGAAACCCUUCUGGUCAGCACUAAAACGAUUGACCAUGUUGACUUGUUAAGAGAGCAAUUGAAGAUUUUAUCGGGGGAGGUCGCACUUCAUACAAGUGUUCUAAAGCGCCUUACAGAGGAAGCUGGAAGAAACCCAAAUAGUGAAAAAAUUCAGAUGAAAAUGAAGAAGACUAGUGACGAAAUUAAGGCGAAGCAGCAGCAGAUAUCAUCUUUAGAAAAACAGAUACCUCAUUCAUUGUCAGAUAGUCAAGCGAAGGUUGACAAGUUAGAUCUUUCACCGUCUUAUGCUGAACUACUUGAGCAGCUCAAUGAGAAGUCCUUUGAACUUGAGGUGAAGGCAGCAGAUAACAGAGUAAUACAAGACCAGCUAGAGGAAAAGACAAGUGAAUGCAUGGAACUACAAGAGGCAGUUGCUCACCUGAAAGAACAUCUUUCCCAAGCUCUUCAAGCUAAGGAUUCACUGUCAAAUAGCAUUGUGAUGCAGAAGAGUUCAGGAGCAAACCAUGAAGUUCAACAACACAGUGAUCAAGAAGAAACAGUCCCCAGAGAGAUCUCUGCUGAACCACUGCAAAAAGAGCAGCAGUCAGUUGAGAUUGGUGAGCUGAAGCAAAGGGUGUGUGAACUCGACAAAGUCAAAUCUCAACUGGAGGCUCGCAAUCAGAAGCUACUAGAGGAAAGUACAUAUGCGAAAGGCUUGGCUUCGGCUGCAGGAGUGGAAUUGAAAGCAUUGUCAGAAGAAGUUACCAAACUCAUGAACCAAAAUGAGAAGCUUGCUUCUGAGUUGGCAUCUCUAAGAAGCCCAACCCCUCGCAGAGCAAGCAAUGGACCGAGAGGUACUACUAGGCGAGAGAGCAUGAGUAGACGAAAUGAGCCAGCUAGCAGAAGAGAGAGCAAUGCAAGCCAAGAAAGGGAGCGUGUUUUAGAAACUAUCCUUAUGGAGAAGGAGCAAAAAGAAGCAGAACUCCAAAGGAAAGUUGAGGAAUCAAAGCAAAAAGAAGCCUUCUUGGAAAGCGAGCUUGCGAACAUGUGGGUUCUAGUGGCAAAGCUGAAGAAGUCCCAAGGGGAUGACCAUGAGGAUUUCGAUGCCAAAUACAAUGGCUCCUGACCUCAUAACUAAGGCUAAUCAAUCAUCAAAGGUGUGUUUGGCUUGGAUACGGGCUUUCUGUAUGUAUGUGAUUUGUGUUGGUUUUCUUUUCUGUUCCUCGUUGUGAAUUAGUGUCUCCUGUAUAUUCUUGGGCUAACCAAAGUUGUGAGUAGUGGUUAGUUGAGAUUGGUGUGCUAACUACUGAGAGCUUCCUACCAACGAGAUUUUGGAAUUUCUAGAACAUGGCCUUGAUCACGAAGAUAAACGAUUCUGGUGCCUGUACCAGUUAUCUAACGUAGAAACAUGUACUGCGUCUGCUCAUUCUGCAGUUUGAAGAAUGUCAAACUAGAAUGUGUGUAUAUAUACGAAGAAUGAUUUCCUCCUGGUUUUGGAAAAUGCCAUGUUGGUUU